AUGCUGACAUAUAUCGAUACUAUUCCACGAACGUUAUCUGCUUCCUCCCUUCCUGCAGGUGUUACACGAUGGCGGUGGGCAAGACCGUUGAUUGAAGGGUCGCCUCCCCCCGCCCGUGGAGGGCACACCGCCACACUAGUCGACGAGCGCCUGUUCGUGUUUGGUGGUCACAGGUAUGGAGGAGCGAAGGAAGGCUUCGUCUACUACAAUGAUCUUUACGUACUUCAUCUGACGAAGAGCCAGUGGCUUGACUUGCCCAGACACCGCGGGACUGCUCCCCUUCCGCGAUAUGGCCAUUCGGCAGUUCUUGUUGGAAGACGUAUCAUCAUUUUCGGCGGAAAAGGCGAACGAGGCCAAUAUUUUGCGGAUCUCCACGCGCUCGAUACAGAGACGCUCGCAUGGUACCAGGGCCCUACAGGUCAACCAGGAUGCCCAUCGCCUCGCUUCGGUCACUCUUGCAACCUCAACGGUACCUCCAUGUACAUAUUUGGUGGAGCACGUGAGAAAGAGCUAAAAAAUGAUUUAUUGUGCAUGAACCUCGUGGAUAUGUGCUGGAGCCAACCCAAAACGAAAGGAACUCCACCAUGUCCUCGAUACGGCCAUGCGACCCUGAUUGUUGGACGACAGCUUAUCGUGUGCGGUGGCAUGCAUCGCGUUCAACUCUACCCGGCCGAAGGAGACGCCUUGCUGGAGAAGAUUGAGCUCAAGGACUGGUACCUUAUUGACCUGGCCAUCUUGGACAUGAUGACUUUCACAUGGUAUCGCAUCCGCACGCACGGUCAUCCUCCUCCUCCUCGGUUCGGACACUCAAUGGCAGCAGUGAACGAUGACCUUGUGAUCUUUGGUGGCUGGCCUGGUGCACACGGCCACUCCUGCAUCAUCACACAAGACAUCUGCCGUUCUGAAGAAUACUGCAACGAUGACAUGGGAAACCUGCUCCUCGUUGGGUAA